ACGGGUACCCACGAAAUGCAGCGAAAAUUAUGUAAAAAAAGACUCUACCAUGCGUCAUUUAAGCCUAGUCCAGUGUAAGCGUGUGAGCAAGAAUUUGUUUAUUUAGUACGGAUCGGUGUCAUCCUGCAACGUCUGUCAGAUUCGCAGCUGUUUUCGGAAAUUUUGUCUCCGGAGCGCUGCACGCGUCGACUCCGGCUUUCGGUACAACCCAGACGGAGACGAGCCAUGGCCAUGCUGCCAACACCACAAUCAACAAGAUUUUCGGUGGUUUGGAGGGAGCAGAACCAACACCGCACAAGUAGCAGCUGCAGAUCCGGUUUUCGGGGGAUUCGGAACGGCGCAACCUUAAAGGCGGGUUCGACUGGCUUCGAAGAAUUCGGUGCGAUGGCUACCAUUUCGGCUGCAGGGGGUUCCGGGACAACGUCCGCCGCUUGGCUCCCGCUUUUGAUGAAAUCGGAGGAUUCGGAAAGGGCAAUCAGAAGCAGUUCGCUUCCGUUCCGGUUCGAGCAUACUCAUACUUUUACCAACACCGGUUUUGAAGAAUUUAGUAGCUCCUUCGGAGCGGGAACUUUCGCGUAGCAUCCGGCUAAAAAUGGCUAGAUUUCGUGCUAAAUAAGAGUAGCGACAACCGGCUCUUAUUCUGGAAUAAUAAGCUUUGGCCCAACAGAUUUUCAAUGUUUCGAUCUUCGUUUUUCAUCAACUAGAAUUAUUCGAACACCAA